AUGGCAUCAUUCAGAGACAGGAUAAAGUCUCUUCCAGUACGUGGUGUUUUGACGGUUGUCGGAGGUUUCAUUCUACACGUGUCUAUUGGAGCAACCUAUUUAUUUGGAAAUAUCACGCCGUACGUGACUUCCUAUCUAAGAAAGAAAGCGGUAUAUACGAAUACCAACUAUGCCGAAUCGCUUUGGAUUGCCUCUUCUCAUACUGCGGCCGGUGCGUUACUGUCGUCUUUAUUAGCCUUCUUGGAGAUGUAUCUAUCUACCAAAAUGUUCCUCGCCUUGGCUUGUUUCAUGAGCUCAUUAGGGGUCAUAUUGACCUAUUUCUCUGUUAAACUGUCUUUGUUGGGUGUGAUAGGAACAUUUGGUGUUCUUUAUGGUGUCGGACAUUCGUUAGUCUACCCUCUUGCCUUUAAAGAUGCAAUGGAGUGGUUUCCUAAUAAUAAAGGUCUCGUAGUUGGAAUCAUAGUAACAGGAUAUGGCUUAUGUUCCUUUAUUUUUAAUUUUGUGGUCACAGAGUACAUAAACCCUGAGAAUUAUUCCCCCGAUAUUCAAGAUGGCGAAGACAGGUAUUUCAGCCAAGAUGACUUGUUGGACAGGGUACCAUCCUGUUUUCUACUGGUUGGAGGGUGUCUAGUUGGUCUCCAGAUUAUUGGUUUAUGUCUGAUCUUCAAACCACCAGAGUCUCCAGAGAUAGAAAGCAGCAAGUCCAAACAUCUGAAAGAAGAGGUGGAGAAGACUGGUAGUGAUGGUCAAACUAUGGAAAGGAAAAACAAGGAAAUACCGAUAAAAAUCCAAGAAAAAAGCAUGACAGUAAAAGAAGCUCUAACAAGCAGAAAGUUUUACAUAAUCUGGUUUUUGAUGCUUUCUUUUGGUAUGGGAUUUGGUUAUACCUAUACCAUAUACAAGACAUUUGGUCAGACGUUUAUCCAUGACGACCAUUACCUAGCAACCGUAUCGUCUGUCAGUUCUAUUUUCAACGUAUGUGGUAGAAUAGCAGUAGGGCUGGUGGCCGAUAAAAUUGGACUUGAGAAAACCUUGGUCAUGGCGACAGCUCUGUUCAGCAUCUUCCUCUCUACAUUGCUCUGUACAGAGUUCGUGGGCAGGGAAAUGUUCUUUGCUUGGGUGUGCUUGAUAUACUUAGCUUUCCCUGGUAUCUUUGUGGUGAUGUCUGCUCUUACUAUGAAGGUUUAUGGACCAAAAUACUAUAUAAUUAUAUUUCGACUGCAGUUUUCAGAAUCGAUAAUUGCCGCCGCCACCUCGUCAGUUUUGGCGACUGAGUUGAAGCCAGUCAUAGGAUGGCAUGGGUUGUUUUAUAUUGCUUCAGUCUGUACCGUAUUUGCUUUCUUCUUCUCGUUGGUGUUGGACAAAGAGAUGAGGAAAUCGUCAAAGAAAUCAACACAGAAAACACUAGAUGUCAGUGCACAAUCCGUGCCUAGUUGUUCGAAUAUCCAGACAAAAGCACCUGAUCUUGCAUUAAAUAUUAAUAAGGACACUUCGACAUAUUUGUAG